AUGGGUGGUGCAACAAUAGGGAUUCAAACUCUUGCUUGCAUUCUUCUCUUUGUUGCCAUGGCUUCUUCUUCUUCUUCUCUCAUAGCUACUACUCAUGCAGUUUCCACAGAUUGGUCUACUGCACUUCUUGUUAAGGUUGAUCAAUCAGGAAAUGGUGAUUUUAAGAAGAUACAAGAUGCUAUUGAUGCCAUCCCAUCAAAUAACGUCGAUAACGUCUUCAUAUGGAUUAAGCCGGGGACAUACAGAGAAAAAGUAGUGGUUCCAGCAGAUAAGCCUUUCAUAACAUUGAGUGGGUCGAAGGCGAGUACCACAAUAAUAACAGGGAGUGACCAUGGCAAUAUAUUUGAGUGUCCUACACUGUCUGUAUUGGCUACUGACUUUGUGGCCCGAUAUCUCACAAUACAGAACACGUUUGGGGCGGGCGACAAAGGAGUUGCAUUGAGGGUUUCAGAAGACAGAGCAGCAUUUUACAUGUGCAGAAUAAUCUCUUAUCAGGAUACCCUCCUUGAUGACACAGGAAGGCACUAUUACAACAACUGUUACAUUGAAGGUGCCACUGACUUCAUCUGUGGAAAUGCAGCUUCUCUCUUCGAAAAAUGCCAUCUGCAUUCGACAUCGGAAGGAACAGGUGCAAUCACAGCACAAAGAAGAGAAUCACCCUCAGAGAACACCGGCUACACAUUCCUUGGUUGCAAGAUCACAGGAGUGGGAACUUGCGUCUUAGGAAGGCCAUGGGGGUCUUACUCUAGGGUGGUGUUUGCCAUGACUUUCAUGUCUAGUGCAGUACUGCCUCAAGGAUGGGAUGAUUGGGGUCGUCCGUCCACACAUAGCACUGCUUAUUAUGGAGAGUACAAGUGUUACGGACCAGGAGCGGCUUCUUCAGGAAGAGUUAAAUGGUCGAAAACGCUCUCAGAUGCAGAGGCCAAGCCAUUCUUGUCUAAAGACAUGAUCGGUGGCCGAGCGUGGCUCAGGCCUGCACCUACUCGUUUCCGAAGACCUUCUUGGAUCAUUGGGAAUAAGUAG